AUGGCUAAACUCAUCUUGAUUUUCCUUGGUUAUAGUCAAAUUAAGUAUAGCCAAGUACCACCCCUUUUGAUAUUAGUCUUUGUGUUCCUCACUGCCUUGAAUUUUGGUUUCUCACAAUCCCCUAGUGCAGUAUGUGUCCUUGAUAUUCAACAAUCUUCAUCUUGGAGUAGCUCAAAUUGUGACGCAGGUACUUGGGGAGGGUUUGUCAGUAAUUGUAAUUGUGGAGCAGCUUUCGAUGACUACCUAUCUGCCUUGGGACACAGAGCAAACCACACUGCAAGACAGCUCUUCUUAAAUUCAACAGGGCAAGAAACUUGCUUAGAGGGGAUGAAGAGUAACAAAAGUGAUGUUUUCAGUUGUGGAAUCCAGAAGCUAACAAGUGGAGGCGGUGGUUGCUCUGACUAUACUAAACUAGAUGUUGUUCAUAACCUAGGUAGCACAUUGCAAGAUUUAGAUGAAGACUGUAGAUCUCUCGGUACAGCUGGAAUAUAUGAUCAGGCUUGCGGUGCUUGUUUGCGAAGGUGGGAAGAGAUUGUUGCAUCAUCACAUAGUAGGGAGUCAUCAAAACUUGAAGCCAAUAUAUGUGGUUUUGCAGUUCUGUUGUCUUUAACAAGCAACAGGAUUCAUGAUAAGAAUUGGGUUCAAGCAAUUUAUCAAUGCCUUGGAAAUCAGAUAUUUACAGAUUUAAGAGAUCAGCGGCACACUGGAUUAAAAAGCAGGUUUCUAAAACUGAGCACAGGUCUAUGGAUUCUAUUUGGUGGUCUAGCAGGAAUUACUGUAAUAGUACUUAUUUCUAUGUGGACCUUGUGCAAGAAAAAGAAGCCAGAUAUCUUUUCCAUUGCAAAAGAUGAGAAAGAAGAUGCACCGUAUGAUUCACUGACUCAAGAAUCCAGCCUCAAAAUAUCAACUAAGCACAUUUAUGCAGCAACCAACAAUUUGAAUGCAUCGAACUUCAUUGGCCAAGGUGGAGCUGGAAAGGUAUACAAAGGUGUACUCCUAAAUGGGAUUGAAGUAGCAGUCAAGCACAUAAUCAACGAUGGAUAUGUUUCCAUCGAGACAUUUGUAAGAGAAGUGACAAGCCUUUCACAUGUUAGACAUCCAAACCUUGUAGCAUUACUUGGCCAUUGCGAGGAUACAGAAGAGUGUUUCCUGGUGUAUGAACUGUGCCACAAUGGGAACCUCUCGGAGUGGCUAUUUGGAAAAGAUAGAAGUCUACCAUGGAUUCAGAGACUUGAGAUUGCAAUUGACAGUGCAAGGGGUCUUUGGUUUCUUCAUACUUUUCAGGGAGGCUGCAUUGUUCACCGUGAUGUCAAGCCAACAAACAUACUCAUCACUGCCAACUUUCAAGCCAAACUGUCCGACUUUGGGUUAUCUAAAGUUAUGGACGUGGGACAGUCCUAUGUCAGCUCCGAAGUGAGAGGUACAUUUGGUUAUGUUGAUCCUGAGUACCGAAAGAAUCACCAUGUAAAUGCUUCAGGAGAUGUCUACAGUUUUGGGAUAGUUCUUCUACAACUUAUCUCGGGGCGCAGAGUUAUCAAUCUGAAUUCCAACACACUAAUGUCUCUAAAUAAGAUGGCAAGAGGUCUCACAAGAGGCGGUGAUGUCAUACAGUUUGCUGAUCCUAAACUUAACGGGGAGUACUCAGUAGUAGCCUUUGAGCUUAUAUUCAAACUAGCUUUGUCAUGCACAGGACUAAAGCAACAAAGACCACGCAUGGAGGAGGUGGUAUCGAGACUAGAAAAGGCAUUACACAUCUCAACUCAAAUGGAGUCAUUUCCGCCUGCUGGGACCAAUCAAGACUUGAAAUCGAGGAAAUAG